UCUACGUUCUCGACCGCUUCCCCUCUCUUUUUUCUCGUUUGCUCUCGCUUGGCCUCGUUAAGGGACCGACCGGUUCUAGGUCGGCCGGACUGUCGCUUCGUGUUGUGCUGGCUGGAGAGGGUACGCUCCUUCACCAUUCUCACAUCUCCCACUGCUUUGCUCGUCACGGAAUCUCACCCGUUCCGAGCGUUCCCGCCGCCCACAUUGAAAUUUUGGCGUGGGGUUGGCCAAACGCGCAAGUCUGCCAACAUUUCCCUUUUUUCCUCCUCCUCUACCACCUCUUCGCCUCCUUCAUUUCUCCUGCGCUCCCUCUGGCACACUACUUGCGAGGGAGCAACGACAACAUGGCAUCGUCAUCAGCUUCGACGGCGAGGAGCCUGUUGGACCUCGUGUGUGGGUGCUGCUUGGGCAGGAGGCAUAGGGGGACCAACUCCGACCUGGAGCGCGCUCCGCUCCUGCCUCCGUCGUCGGCGGAUCAGACUGCUGGCAAGCCCUUUACCUCAUCUCGUCUCGGCAACGCCACGGCGGACCACCAGACUCCUAGACAGGGGCAGCAGCGCGGGGCAAACGAAGGCAGCAGCAGCCGUGCCACCUCCAACGGGACCGCGUCGCCGGAAAGCGUCGCACGCAAGCGAGAGGAGAAACGAAGGCUCGAUGCGGCGCGCUUCAAGCAGGUAAGAGAGUCGGCGCGAAACGCCCUCUUCUCCAUCGACGAUUCCCAGCUGCUACCAUCCUCGGCCUCGACAUCGUCACCGACGUCCUCGUCAAGGUUGAGCUUGCCCCCCAAGAGAGAUGCAAAGAAAGACUCGCAAAGGGCCAGCCUCAUUGCCGCGUCGGACAAUGCCGAACGUCUGUAUAAGGCGGCGCUGGCAUCGCCAAAACAGGGUGUCGGCCCCUCCUCGUCGCCCGUCGGUCUCGUACGUCACCUUCACCUCUCCGUCCAUGAGCCGGCACGGACGCCUUCAGCAACGGCAGAGGGCCAAGAGGACGACGUUCUCGGCGAUGUGAAUCACGAGUCAAUCAACGACGAGCUGGUCAAUACUCUGUCAAGUGGAAGCUCCACGAAGCAAAAGAACAAGGCGAAAAAGCUGCCAAGCCAGCACUCUCUUCGAACCAUUCGACUGGCCGCGGCUGCGGAAGAAGCUUCCCCUUCGAUGUCGUCGGACAACGUCAAUGGCACACAGAGCAGCACAGGAAGUGCAGUCGCCAACAAGAUGCCCACCAAUGGCGAUGACAACGACGACGAUGAUGACUGGGGACGGAGGGGGAGGACGAGGAGCAAGCGUGGCCUCGUCUGGAUCGAAAGUAACAGCGCAGCCAUGACACCCUCUUCGUCCUCGACGCCGGCCAAUCAGAGGGGCAAGCUCUCGGAAGUCUUUCCUGCCCAGGCGCAGGAGACAAAGGGGGACGAGGAGCUGUCAAAGGCAAAAGUGGACAACGCACUCCGCCUCAAUCUCUCAAAUGCUGAAGCCUCGCGAAAGAUGGUCGAGGACCUCAAGAAAAAGACGGCAGACAAGGGCCCAAUUGCUCAGGCGUGGAACGAUGCCUCUUCGUGAGGGAAUCCAUGCUUGCCUCAUACCCAAUCACUCUCUCUAUUUGUCCCACCAAAAAAAAGAGGUUGUCGGCAACCUCGCUCUCUUGUCACCCACCACCAUCAUCAUCUUCACAUCUGGCAAUCUAACCAAGCA